AUGUCACCCCCAACUGCCCGUCUCCUCUCCCUGGCAUCCCACCUCCUCCCCUCCACCUCCCCCUCCUACCCACCACAUAUCCACACCCUCUCCCCUACAUCCUUCCUGCCGCGUGCCGCAGCAAUCGAGCCCUCGGCCCCCGCCAUCUUCCACGUAACAGCCAACAACAAGAUCCUACGGCGCGACUACGCCGAAUUCGCCGACCGGUCACGUGGUCUGGCGUACUUUUUGAAGAAGCAUGGUUUCAAGAGAGUAGGAAUUUUAGCACCGAAUACGCCUGCAUUCUUGGAGGCUAUUUUUGGCAUUGCGGCUAGUGGCGGCGUGAAUGUUGCUGUUAAUUAUCGGUUGAAGGUGGAGGAUGUUACUUAUAUUUUUGAAUUUGCCGAGGUGGAGGUAAUAAUCGUCGAUGAAGAAUACAUUCAUCUCCUCGAUGAUUUCCGGUCAAAGAACCCAUCAAUACCUUUCAUCAUUGACACGGACACGGAUGCCACUGAAGGACAGCUGUCAGGCCCAUUCGAUGAAGCAGUCUUGGAAGGUCUGAACUACGAUAUCCAGCUCGGGUCGAAAGGAUGGGAGGGUUUGAACGCCCAGGCUGAUGAUGAAGAUGACACUAUUGCUAUUCCUUUUACCAGUGGGACUACGGCUAAACCAAAAGGUGUGGUUUAUACGCACCGUGGUGCGUAUCUUGCUGCUCUUGGGAAUGUGAUUGAGAGCGGGUUGAACUACCAUACGGGACGAUGUGGGUAUCUAUGGACGUUGCCCAUGUUUCAUGCAAUGGGAUGGACUUUCCCUUGGGCAGUAACAGCAGUUCGGGGAACCCACUACUGUCUCCGCAAAAUCGACUACCCCCUAAUAUGGAAACUCCUCAGAGAAGAAAACAUAACGCACUUCAACGCAGCACCAACAGUCAACACUCUCCUGUGUGCCUCCAAAGAAGCCUCAAAACUCGAAAAGCCCGUCCGCGUAACGGUUGCCGCCUCCCCACCAACAGCCCACCUCUUCGAGCAAAUGACCAACCUGAACCUCUUCCCAGUCCAUGUCUACGGACUGACAGAGACAUAUGGCCCGAUAACGAAAGGAUACCAUAUGCCCGAGUGGGAAGAACUGCCUAUCAGGGAAAAGUAUGCUCGUAUGGCACGCCAAGGACAUGGUUUCAUCACCGGUCUUCCUAUACGGAUCGUGAAGCCUGAUCAGCCGGAAGGAGUAUUGAUUGAUGUGCAAAAAGACGGCAAGGAGAUCGGCGAGAUUAUCUUCUUCGGUAAUAUAUGCGCCAAGGAGUACUUGAAAGACGAGGAGGCGACGAGGAAGAUGUUUGCGGGCGGUUCGCUGCAUAGUGGAGAUCUGGCGGUUUGGCAUGAAGAUGGGAGUGCGCAGAUUUUGGACCGGGCGAAAGACAUUAUCAUCUCCGGCGGAGAAAACAUAUCCUCUGUAGCCCUAGAAUCCAUGCUCGUCCAACACCCCGACGUCCUCGAAGCCGGCGUCGUAUCAGUCGCCGAUUCGCACUGGGGCGAGCGGCCUAAAGCUUUCAUCACGGUCCAGUCCGGCAAGUCCCUCAAGGGAGAAGACUUAAUCGAGUGGGCGAAACAUGAGAGCUCGAUCAGCAAGUUUAUGGUUCCCAGGGAGGUUGAGGUUGUAGAGGAGCUGCCGAAGACUAGUACGGGAAAGGUGAAGAAAAAUGUGUUGAGGAAAUGGGCGAAGGGGGAUUAUAGUGAAAAGUGA